AUGACCCUUGACGACAUUAUAUCCGAGGCCAAUGCGCUGGAGGUUGUAGAGAUACAGUUGGGCGAUUUUGAAGGCAAGAAAAUUGAAAAUCACAGUGUCAACGAGGUAACUACGAAGCCAGACAAGUACAAGGAUACAGGAGAUAGACAAGACAGAGGUUGUGGCAGAUGUGGUAGUAAGAAACAUUUCGCACGAGAUCCAAAAUGCCCUGCAAGAACUAGAAAAUGCAAUAAGUGCGGAAUCGUAGGCCAUAUUCAAAUACGAUGUCGAACAAGGGAAGCACAGAAAAGAAAACUAGAACAAGAUGAAGCAACACGGAAAAAUAAUUCAAAAAAAAAAGCCAGAAGAACAAACAAUGUAGAAGAAGCAGCCAAUGUAGAAUGUACAAGCAAGCAAAUUGAUUACAUCUUCAACGUGAACACCGGCUCUACAGCAUCAUGCAUGAUUGGGGAAACGAAAGUAGAUAUGCUAAUAGACUCUGGCUGCAACCACAAUUUGAUCACGGACAAAACCUGGCUCUUCAUGAAAGAGAAUAAUUCAAAGGUCACCAAUCAAAAUAAAGACCCACAGAAGAAGUUUGUUGCGUAUGGAAGCGGCACUCCUUUAAAAUUACGGGGAUCGUUUGAAGCGGAAAUAGAAUUAGGAAAGAGAUCAGAAAAUGCAACCUUUUAUGUGAUCUCUGGGGGCACCCAAAACCUACUCGGGAAAGUCACAGCUACUUCCCUAGGAGUCCUGAAAAUUAAUAUACCAAUGGACGUUAAUAAUGUGGAGACGACAGCCUUCCCGAAAUUUAAAGAUGUGCUCGUGGAGAUUCCGAUGGACGAGUCAGUAAAACCUGUCGCACAACCUUACCGCAGGAUACCUAUUCCUCUGGAAGCCAAAGUCGAACAGAAGAUCAACGAAUUAUUGCAAGCUGACAUAAUUGAGGAGGUAAGAGGUCCCUCUAGUUGGGUCUCGCCGAUCGUGCCGGUGCUCAAGGAUAACGGGGACGUCCGCUUAUGCGUUGAUAUGCGACGCGCGAAUAUGGCCAUCAAACGGGAAAACCGUCCACUACCGACCAUGGAUCUACUUCUUCCUAAAAUGAGAGAAGCUAAACUUUUCACAAAAUUAGACAUCAAGGACGCCUUCCAUCAUAUUGAGCUUCACGCUGAUUCAAGGCCGAUAACUACAUUUAUAACGGGUAAGGGACUUUUCCGCUAUAAAAGGAUGAUGUUUGGCAUCAGCUGUGCGCCUGAAAUCUUCCAAAAGACUUUGGAGAGGAUACUUUUGGGCUGUGAAGGAGUCAUCAAUUUUAUAGAUGAUAUUUUGGUGUAUGGAAAAGAUCAAGCCGAACAUGACGAACGGUUGAAGAAAGCCCUGAAUGUCCUAAAAACGCACAAUGUGCUCCUAAGGGAAGAUAAAUGCAUUUAUCGAGUGAAAAGUGUUCAGUUUUUAGGACACGAGCUCUCCGAAAACGGAAUUAAACCGUUGGACAAAUAUUUGUCGGCAAUCAAGAAUUUUAGAGCACCUACCACCAUUGCAGAACUACAAAGCUUUCUGGGGCUAGUGAACUUUGUUGGAAAAUGGAUUCCCCAUUUAUCUACAACUACAGAGCCUCUAAAGGCGCUAAAUGCAAGUCCUGUAGGCUUGGGGGCAGUACUAGUCCAAACAAAUAAUAAAGGCUCUAGGAUCAUAGCAUAUGGGAACAAGACACUUACCGACUGCGAACGUAGAUACUGCCAGACCGAGAAGGAGGCCCUCGCUUUGGUCUGGGCCAUUGAACAUUUUAAUAUGUUCCUAUACGGGAAAGAAUUCGACUUAGUAACGGACCACAAACCAUUGGAGACAAUAUUUGGCCCCAAAGCCAAGCCGUGCGCCCGCAUUGAGAGAUGGGUCUUGAGACUUCAGUCCUAUAAAUUCAACAUCAAAUAUAGCCCUGGCAAGAAUAACAUAGCAGACCCGCUGUCGAGGCUCUGCAAGCCCUCCACAAACCCACCACAGGUUGGAGUAGAUUACGUGCAAAACGUGAUAGAACAAGUAAGACCGACAGCUGUACCAUUACAAGAUAUUAUGGCACAUUCUCGUCAAGAUACGGAGAUACAAGCAGUCAGGAAUGGCCUUUACAACAACCAGUGGAGUGAUCUCACCAAAGGCUAUAAAGUAUUCCAAGAUGAGUUGUGUUUUUAUGAAGACAUCCUGCUAAGGGGGACUAAGAUCGUAAUGCCACAAAAACUUCGAGAUCCGAUAUUGCGUAUUGCACAUGAGGGCCACCCAGGCAUAUGUGCCAUGAAAACCAGUCUGAGGACUAAGGUCUGGUGGCCAAAAUGCGAUAGAGAUGCUGAGAACUUUUGCAAGGCGUGCAAAGGUUGUGUUUUGGUCUCAACUCCUAAUCCUCCUAACCCCAUGAAAAGGAGAGAGUUACCUUCGGAACCAUGGGUUGACACCGCAGUGGACCUGAUGGGUCCAUUACCUAGUUAUGAUUAUAUCUUCGUGAUCGUGGACUAUUACUCCCGAUACAAGGAAGUGAAGGUAUGUCGAACAAUUACGAGCUCAGGUAUUAUCAACCAACUGAAGGACAUUUUUAGUAGAUUAGGUAAUCCAGUGUCGAUCACGGCUGACAACGGCCGUCAAUUUACCAGUGAGGAUUUCAAACUAUUUUGUUCCGAAAGAAACAUCAAGCUUUAUAACACCAUACCCUACUGGCCCCAACAAAACGGGGAAGUGGAGAGACAGAAUAGGGACAUCUUAAAACGCCUCAAAAUCGCUCAAGCCGAGAAGAAAAAUUGGAAGGAGUCUCUCCGGAAGUAUAUGGUUAUGUACAACAGCACUCCCCACUCGGUAACCGGUAAAACUCCCUCGGAGUUAUUCUUUAGGCGGCAAUUCAGAGACAAAUUACCGAUGAUACAAGAUAUGACGUAUAGCUCGGAAGAUUCAGAGAUGAAAGAUAGAGACAAAGAAUUAAAAGAGAAAGGAAAGGAGUACGCAGACAGGAAAAGGCGAGCAGUGGAUAGUGAAUUGAGAAUAGGGGAGAAGGUCUACGUAAAGAAUAUGCAUAAAACCAACAAAUUGAGUCUCAAUUAUGAGCCAACAUCACAUACUGUUGAGUCCAACAAAAAUGGAGAUGUAGAAUUGCGCAAUGAUAACACAGGCCAAGUAGUUAGACGAAACAUUUUGCACCUAAAACGAGUAGAAGGAGAGGUGUGGAAGGUAGAUAACGGAACUGAAGAUUUAGACGAAGACAAUUCAAGCAGUAGUGAAACGGAUUCUGAUUAA